GGAACGGGUGGGCCGAGCCCGGAGCCGCAGCAGGCGCAGCGCCGGAGGAGGGGCGAACGGCGUACACAGACAACGCCCCCUCCCCUCUUCUCAUCCUUUUGGCAAACGGCGUCGCGGGACUUCUUUGGUUGCGUUCCGCCCGCCCCCACCCCCCUUCCCAGGCUGCCUUUUGGGAGACGGCCGGCUGUUUCUCGCUUCUUCCCCGAUGAGCAGCGCGGGAGACGCUCAGGGGGGCCGCCGCUGAGCGGAAAGAGAGGCGAGGCAGAGUCCCCAGAUCUUCUGCAGAGUAUGCGCGCGGACAGCGGCAGCGGCAGCGGCAGACUCCCACCAUGAGAAGCAAAAUGUUGUUCCUCGCAGCAGUCCAUGUGGUAUUCUUUGCUUCCAUACAAGUCAUGGCUCAAAAAAGGGAAAGAGUGGUCUGCACCAAUGUGUACCUGGCUGACAUUGCAUUCCUGGUAGAUGGAUCCUCUAGCAUUGGCAGGGGAAAUUUCCGGAUGAUCCGAUCCUUCAUGGAAGGCCUGGUUGUUCCUUUUAUCAAUGUGGUGGGUGAGAAUGGGGUACGUUAUGCAGCUGUACAGUACAGUGAUGAACCCAGGACUGAGUUCAAAUUCUCAGACUUUCUCAAUGGAACAGAAGUGAUAAAGGCUGUCCAAGAGAUAACCUUCAAGGGCGGGAAUACCCGCACAGGAGCAGGCCUGCGUUAUGUAGCAGAUAACUUGUUUGGGGCCAGUCAGCUCCGGCCUAAUGUUCCAAAGAUCUGUAUUCUCAUUACGGAUGGAAAGUCUCAGGAUGAGGUUGAGCAAACGGCCUUAAAACUGAAGAAUCAAGGCAUUAAAAUCUUUGCAGUGGGUAUCAAAAAUGCAGACCGGAAGGAGCUUGACCGAGUGGCUUCCACACCCACGGAAGAUUAUUCCUUCUAUGUUACUGAUUUUAAAAUCCUAGCAUCCCUCCUGCCGCUGGUAUCACGGAAGGUGUGUGCCAGCACAGGAGGCAUCCUCCAGACAAUAGGUGCCUACAAUGGUCCUUCCAACCUGGCUUUUGUGGAACAAGGAAUAGACAUGCUAAGGAUCCGUUGGACAGCAGCUGGUGGUCCUGUAAUUGGAUAUAAAAUUCAGUAUGUACCUUUGACUGGCCUGGGCCAACAAAUCAUGUCAGAAAGGCAGGAGGUCAGUGUGGGAUCUGGUGAGACAAGCACUGUACUCCGUGGCUUGAAAAGUGGGACAGAUUACCUGGUCACUGUUAUAGCUCAGUAUGCCAACCGCAUUGGAGAAUCCGUUUCUGGCAAAGGACGGACACAGAUGCUGUCUGGAGUGACAAAUUUUCGGGUGUUAGAAACAGGACCGUUUUCCCUCCGACUAUCUUGGGCAGCUGAUCUGAAUGAAGCCCUGCAAGGCUACAGGCUCACUUAUGUGGCUAGAGGUGAAGCUGAAGCUGAAGAAGUGAAUCUUGAUGCCAGUUCUACUUCAUUCUUGCUCAGCAACCUUCGACCUAACACUGACUAUGUGAUAACAUUGUACCCAAUCUUCCCACAUCAUACAAUAGUGCCUGCUGUAAUUAAUAGCCGAACAAUGAAUUUGGCAGGAGUGCAACAACUAAGUACCCAGAACAUCUCCUCCCAAGGGAUGCUGGUGAUCUGGAGGGGUGUGAGUGGAGUUACUGCAUACCGUAUUACCUGGGAGCUCCCUUCAGGUCAGGGUCGUCAAACAGCUGAUGUGGAUGCUAGCAAGAAUUCAUAUCUGUUAACAAGGCUGCAGCCUAACACUGAUUACCUAAUAUCAGUUACUUCACUCUAUGGACAGGAAGAAGGUCCCAAGGCCUCCAUUAGGAGGAGAACAGAAAUAGCCCAGAUUCUUAGGACUAUCGCUGUUGACCCAACAUCAAUUAAGGUUGCCUGGAAUAUCAUCCCUAAUGCUCGGGGAUAUCGUCUGGAGUGGAGAAAAGCAACAGGAGCAGAUUCUCCCAAGACUGUCUCUCUUCCCACCAAUGAGAAUAGCUACACUCUGAGUGGCCUGCAGCCAAGCACGGAAUAUUAUAUCACCCUCUACACUUUGUAUGAUGGAAAAGAAGUAGCAACCCCAGUUACUGUCUCAGAGACAGGAGUGGCACCUUCAGUGGGAACUAUCUCCAACUUGAGGAUCAUCGAGACCAUAGGAAACAGAGUCCGGAUAUCAUGGCUAGGAGUCCAAGGAGCCACAGAAUAUAAGAUUGUAGUACGCAAUAUGCAAGAUGGCACUGACAAGGUUCGACGCAUCCCAGGCUCCCAGACCACAGAAGACUUAGUUGAUUUGAAAGAGAAUGUCUCCUAUGUAGUUCGUGUGUCAGCUCUUAUUGGCAACCGUGAGGGUAAUGCUGUUCCUCUCAACAUCCAAAUCCGACCACCGUUAGUGGGCAGUGUAUCAAACCUGCGGAUGGUGCCAGUGGGAUUGGGUCGCAUUCGGCUGCUGUGGACUCCUGUUCCCAGGGCUACAGCUUAUAAACUGGUGAUUGUCAACAUUCAGGAUCGUUCAGAGGAAACAAAAAGAAUUCCUGGAGACCAGAAUUUCUUUGAAUUGCAAGAUCUGAAGGAGGGUGUCACAUACUUAGUACAAAUAACAACACAGUUGGGCACCCAGGAAAGCGCUCCUGCCACCCUUACGUUCCAAGUUGAACGUCAAUCUGUAGGCAGCAUCAGCAACUUAGAGGCAGUUCCAUCUGGGCCCAAUCAAUUGCGUGUUACCUGGAAUCGGGUUCCUGGGGCCACGGGCUAUAAAGUGACAUGGCGAUCGAGAGAGGGUCAAGAGAUCUCUCGAGUCCUACCAGCCGAUAUAAACUCUUACACCAUUGAUGGUUUGAGGCCUGGAACUGUCUAUUUCAUUGAGGUUUCAGCCUUAGUUGGCAGCAGAGAAGGGAGCUCAGCUACCACCACAGUUACAACAGGCUUUGAUCCAGUGGGGACAGUCACCAGCCUCAGAGUCCUUGAGUCCAGGGGAAAUGUGAUACGCAUUUCUUGGGUUGGUGUUCCAGGGGCUACAGCAUAUCGAGUGGUGUGGAGCCGGCGUAGUGGUGGACCUGAGAGCAGCAAACUGGUCUUGGGAAACGUUAAUUCCUUUGAUUUAGAUAACCUGGAAGGAGGAGUCAGCUACACUGUAAAAGUCACAGCACUGAUUGGGAAUCGUGAAGGAAAUCCCGUGUCUAUUACUGUCACAACACCGGCAAUCCCAGUUCAACCGGUUGGAAACCUGCGUGUGACUGAGACCUCGGUAACCCGUAUUCGACUAGAAUGGAGCCCAGCACGGGGGAGCACAGGCUAUCGGCUCACCUGGCGCCCUGCAGGUGGGCCUGAGAGGAGUCAGCUGUUGCCAGCCCAGAUUAACACCUACGUCAUUGAAGAUCUGCAGCCAGGAGGGCGCUACGACAUCCGCAUCACGAGUUUGAGUGGCAACCAGGAGAGCGAAGCUGUGGCCAUUGUUGCCACCACUGCAGCUGUGGGCCGGGUGGCCAAUUUUCAGGUGAUAGAUACUCAAAAGGAUUCUCUAAAAUUGUCCUGGACUCCAGUUCCUGGGAUUUCUGGCUAUCUUCUCACAUGGAAAUCUCCAAGAGACAGAGAAGAGGCACGAAGAACAUUGCCUGCAUCAGAAACAUCCCACCAAGUGUCUGGGUUGCGUCUGGGGGACCGAUACACCUUUAUGAUUCGCCCACUGUUUGGAAGCAUCUCCGGUGCUGAGGUUUCUAUUUCUAGCCAGAUAGUCUGUCCAGAUGCCCAGCGCGAUGUCAUUUUUCUUGUACAUGCAACUCGAGACAAAGCCUACAAUGCAGAGGAUGUGCAGAGAUUCCUCUCCAACAUUGUAACCAUUCUUCAACCAGGCCCUGAAACUACCCGGGUUGGCAUUGCGACAUACAGCUACAGAGGCCUCCCUAUACUCCUGCUUAAUCGUUCCAUUGACUUAGCAAGUAUCCUGCAGCAGAUUCGCUCACUGCGCUAUGAGGAUCCUAGAGGCAAUGCCAUAGGAGCAGCCAUUAAUUUUGUGAAGAGCUACAUGCUGAGCCCCUCUGCAGGGCGAAGAUCUGGCGUUCCAGGAACCUUAGUGAUAUUGGCAGAUGGGCCAUCCAGUGAUGAUGCCACUGGGCCGGCCAGGGAAAUCAAAGCUGCUGGAAUCCAGAUUCUAGCAGUGGGGAUGGAAGGAGCUGAUCGUGAACAACUGCGUCGCCUUGUAACCAGUGAAGAAUCACGUAACGUUUUCUUUGUGCGAGACUCAAGCAGUCUGUCAGAGGUGGAAGGGGGGCUUGCCAGUGCCCUCUGCGGACCAUCCAUCGUAGACGGGUCUAGACCAGACGUCUGUGCUGUGCAGUGCCCUAAGGGUGAGAAGGGUGAGCCAGGUGAGCCUGGACAGAGAGGACAAGUGGGAAAUCCUGGCCCUUCUGGAAAUCCGGGACGCAAUGGGAUCCCAGGACCUCCAGGUCCAAUGGGACCUCGGGGUCCCCCAGGUGACACUAUUGAGAGGCGGGGUGAAAAAGGAGAGAGGGGAUUUUCAGGAGCAGGUGGAACACCAGGGAAUCCUGGUCUUCCUGGCAGCCCAGGUUCUCCUGGUCAGCCGGGCAGCCCUGGCCUUUCUGGUCUCAAAGGAAACCAAGGGGAGCGUGGGCUGAUUGGGCCAAGAGGAGAGAAAGGUGAGCCGGGGGAGCCUGGAAUACCAUUGAAUGGAGGAAGAGGCCUUCCUGGCCUAAAGGGAGAGCCUGGCAAUCCAGGAAGCCCAGGAAUUCCAGGCCUCCGGGGUCUUGCAGGGGAUCCUGGGCUACAAGGACCUCGUGGGCCAGCAGGAUCUGCUGGCAUUUCUAUCAAGGGCGAGAAGGGCGACCGAGGUGAGCGAGGCCCUCCUGGACCAGGAGGUGAUGGGGGUGUGGUCAGAGGAGAACCUGGUAUUCCAGGUGUUCCUGGAGAUCCUGGGCCCAGGGGACCCCCUGGAACUCCGGGGCAAAAAGGUGAUAAGGGAGAUGGAGAAGAAGGUUUUCCUGGACUUCCUGGUCGUACUGGAGACCCUGGCGAUCGGGGCCCCAGAGGACCUCCAGGUGAACCUGGGAUCAAGGGAGACCGUGGUCUGCCUGGUGCACUUGGGCCAUCAGCAGAGAAGGGAGAUCGUGGAUUGCCCGGUCCUGAAGGAGAGAAGGGAGAACAAGGUCCCUCAGGCCGUCCUGGUCCAUCUGGCAGAGAUGGCUUACAAGGACCAUCUGGGCCUCGAGGAGAACAAGGAGAGAGAGGGGAGCCUGGUAUACCUGGUCUGCCGGGAUCCAGCCUUCCUGGAAUUAAAGGAGAUAAGGGAGAAAGAGGCAUUAUAGGACCUGAAGGUCCACCUGGACUUAGAGGAGAAGCUGGGGACAAAGGAGAACGUGGACCUCCUGGUCUUAGUGUCCCUGGCCCACCUGGCCCAAAAGGAGAACAAGGAGAAAAUGGACUCACAGGAUUGCCUGGCAAAAUUGGCCCAAAGGGCGAUCCAGGAGAUCCAGGGGAGAGAGGAGAGGCAGGAAGAUCAGGUCCUGCAGGACCAACUGGCCCACGAGGAAAAGAGGGUGAAAGAGGUGACAAAGGAGAGGAAGGAAUCUCUGGUGAGCCAGGACUAUCUGGGAAACCUGGCGAGAAAGGUCCACGGGGUCCGCCGGGUGUCAGAGGCCUUCCUGGUGAGAAGGGGGACCAGGGAGACCCAGGUGAAGAUGGGAGAAACGGCAUCCCUGGACCAUCAGGAUCAAAGGGUGAUCGAGGGAGUCCCGGUGAGCCAGGUCCUCCAGGCCAAACUGUUGGUGUGGGACCUGGAGAAGGAGGGCAAAAAGGCGACAAGGGGGAGCCAGGAAACCCUGGGGAGGAUGGCAUGAAAGGAACAAAAGGAGAAGUUGGUUUACCUGGCCUGCCAGGAGAACGGGGAAUUGAAGGUCCCAGAGGGGUCCCUGGAGUUCGUGGUGACCCUGGAGAUCGAGGCCCAGCAGGAGAGAAGGGUGAUCGAGGUCCUCCAGGCCUGGAUGGUCGGAAUGGCUUGGAUGGAAAACCUGGACAAAUAGGCCCUUUAGGCCAAAGAGGUGAUCCAGGAAAGCAGGGUGACCCUGGUCGAGAUGGCUUGCCAGGUCUUCGUGGAGAGCAAGGUCCUCCUGGAGCAAUUGGCCCACCGGGAUCUCCAGGACUGCCUGGCAAAUCUGGUGAAGAUGGCAAACCUGGGCUGAAUGGAAAGAAUGGAGAAGAUGGGAUCCCAGGAGAAGAUGGGAGAAAGGGGGAGAAAGGUGAAUCUGGAACACCUGGCAAAGAAGGUCCUGAGGGUGUUAAAGGAGAGAGAGGAGCCAAUGGGCCUCCAGGGCCUCCAGGACCAUCAGGUGUUCCAGGCGUGCCUGGGCAAGUUGGUCCACCAGGCCAGAGCUUGCCCGGCCUUCCUGGAAUAUCUGGCAACAAGGGAGACAGAGGAGAACCUGGAUCCAAAGGCGAUCAGGGGAGAAAUGGUGAACCUGGGCCACGAGGCGAACCUGGGACAUCAUCAAAUGUUGAACGUGCCCUAGAAGCAUAUGGUAUUAAGAUUUCCCUGCUCCGAGAGAUCACUGGUGCUUAUGACGGCAGCUCAGAUCAGCUACUGCCUGUCCCUGACCGCCGGAGAGGACAGAAGGGUGAGAGAGGAGAUCCAGGAGACAGAGGGCCACCAGGGAAGGAGGGUCUCAUAGGCUUCCCUGGAGAAAGAGGAGCAAAAGGAGAUAAAGGGAAUGAAGGACCACAAGGACCACCAGGACGUGCCAUUGGAGAACAGGGGCCAAGAGGAUUACCUGGGCAGCCAGGGGAGCCUGGGAAACCUGGAAUUCCAGGGCUGCCAGGCCGGGCAGGAGAACUUGGAGAAGCAGGGAGGCCUGGAGAGAAAGGAGACAGGGGUGAGCAGGGUGCAAAAGGAGAACAGGGUAGAGAUGGCCCCCCAGGUCCUCCGGGCCCACCAGGACCCAAGGUCGAUUCAGGAAUAGAAGGGAGCCUCUCUGGAUUUCCUGGGGAACGUGGACCUAUAGGACCCAAGGGAAGCAAGGGAAGCCCAGGAGAAGAUGGUGUAAAGGGCUCCAGGGGCGAUAAGGGUGAAGCUGGUCAAAAAGGGGAGAGAGGUGAAGCUGGUGAAAAGGGCAGGGAUGGCAUUCCAGGACUUCCAGGAGAGAGGGGCCUUCCUGGGUCAGAAGGGAAAGCGGGCUUACAGGGUAUUAGAGGGCCCCCCGGCCCAGCUGGAAAUCCAGGGGAUCCUGGAUCACCAGGCCCUCCUGGUCUUAUCGGCCCACCUGGCACUCAAGGCAUACCUGGAAUAAAGGGAGAUGUAGGAGAACCUGGGUCCAGCACACGAGGUAUGCCAGGCCCUCCAGGAAAUGUGGGAUUCCCAGGACCAUCAGGAUCUCCUGGGCCUGUGGGUCCACAGGGCCCUCCAGGGCUACCAGGACAAGUGGGUGAACCAGGAAAAUCAGGUGUACCAGGAAGAGAUGGAGUGUCUGGAAAAGAUGGGGAGCCUGGACUGCCUGGCAAAAUGGGUAUUCCAGGGCCUUCAGGAUCUGCUGGUCCUAAAGGGGAGCCUGGAGAUGCUGGGUCCCCAGGACAGACUAUAGUGGGGCCUCCUGGAAUGAAAGGUGAAAAGGGUGAACCAGGAGAUUUUGAUGAGGAACUUCUGGAGAAACCAGGUCUCAAGGGUGAUCGAGGCAUACCAGGUCCUCGUGGAGAGAAAGGUAAUCUUGGAAGUGCGGGGAUACCUGGAGAUCCUGGAGAAGAUGGAGCCAAAGGAUCACCUGGGAUCAAAGGAGAAAAGGGUUCAGUUGGAAUUGGCAUCCAGGGACCCCCUGGACAGGAUGGACCUCAAGGCUUAAAGGGAGAUCCAGGUUUACCUGGCCCACCAGGCCCACCUGGUUCACCAGGUGCAGUUGGAACUCCGGGACAGCCUGGUCUGAGAGGAGAAAAUGGAAUGAUUGGCCAACCUGGACCUCCAGGAGAGAGGGGUUUGAUUGGCUUCCCAGGGAGAGAUGGUACUGCAGGGUCACCAGGACCUCCAGGAACUCCAGGGUCACCAGGUACUUCAGGCACUCCAGGAGUAAAAGGUGACAAGGGGGAUAUAGGUAUUGGACAACCAGGACCUAGAGGAGAACGAGGAGAUCCUGGAACUCGGGGUGAAGAUGGGCGCCCAGGUCUGGAGGGAGAUCGAGGGCCUGCUGGCCCUCCUGGAAACAGAGGGGAGAGAGGUGACAAAGGCGACAUUGGGCUUAUGGGGCUGAAAGGAGACAAAGGAGAUACUGUCAUUGUGGAAGGCCCAGCAGGUCUCCGAGGGAACAAAGGAGAACCGGGAGAACGUGGCCUAAAAGGAAUGGAAGGGGAGAAGGGUGACAAAGGAGAUUACGGAAUCAUUGGAGAGAAGGGAGUAAAGGGUGAACAAGGUGAGAAAGGAUCUACAGGCUUCCCUGGUGCACGAGGACCCAGUGGGCAAAAGGGAGAAAUUGGUAAAUCAGGAGAACCAGGAGAGCCGGGUCAAUCUGGGAAGGAUGGUAUUCCUGGAACCAGAGGGGAGAAAGGAGAAACGGGACCUAUUGGAAUGAGAGGCCCAAAGGGCGAUCGAGGAAUGAAAGGAGCCUGUGGCCAAGAUGGAGAUAAGGGUGAGAAGGGAGAGCCGGGGUUACCAGGCCGAGUGGGCCUUACUGGAAGGAAGGGUGAUCCUGGAGAGAUUGGCACACCUGGGUCACCAGGAAUCCCUGGGAAGGAAGGCCUCAUUGGUCCAAAGGGUGACAGAGGAUUUGACGGCCAGAAAGGAUCCAGAGGCGAUCAGGGAGAAAAGGGGGAAAGGGGUACUCCAGGGAUUAUAGGUUCCCCAGGACCUGUAGGAAAUGAUGGGCCCCCUGGGCCUCCUGGUCCACCUGGCAACAUUGGCCCCAAAGGCCCAGAAGGAAUUCAAGGACAGAAAGGUGAAAGAGGCCCUGCUGGUGAGAGAGUUGUAGGAGCUCCAGGACCACCAGGCACGACUGGAGAAAGAGGAGAACAGGGAAAUCCAGGACUUGAUGGCUUAAGAGGAGAAAAAGGAGUACCUGGCAUGACGGAAGAAGAAGUCCGCCAAUUUGUCAAGCAAGAGAUGAGUCAACAUUGUGCUUGUGGAAGCCAGUUCUCUGUUUCUGAACGGCGUAAUCUCGCCAAUGAUCCAUCCACCCAGCCAUACCCAUCUGUUAAAGGUCAAAUAAUCCCUGUGCUUAAACUGUCCCAUGCUGAGGAAGAGGAAGGGAGCCAGGAACGAAACAUAUUGAAAGCAAGUAGGCCUGAGUAUGAAUAUAUCUACACAGAGGAAGACUAUGAAGAGGGCCUGGUAGCAGAUGGGACUGAGAGUCCUAUGUUGAGGGAUGCUGACCUGUGCACCUUGCGUCUGGAAGAAGGCGGGUGCAGCAAAUUCACCCUAAAAUGGUACUAUAACCAGAGAGUAUUGGAAUGUCGGCCAUUUAUCUACAGUGGCUGUGGAGGAAAUUCCAACCGCUUCAGCUCCAAAGAGGACUGUGAGCUUUACUGCAAGCCCCAGACUGAUACAGUUAAUAGCACAGUGGAUAGAAACAAAAUGGUAUAAAUGCUGAAGUGAGUUUGGAGAACUAACGUACUGAAGAAAAGAAAAGUUGCAGCCGUUUGGACUCUCUGCCAUUCUUAUCAUGCAUAAGGUUUUAGGUAUACACCUGGCAGUGACCUGUGACCUGAGAAUGCUGCCAUUUGUAUUGCCUGCAACACAGUUGCUUGUGGGUGAAUAUGUCUAUAGGAGUGCAUGAGUGUACGUGUAGAUCGUUUGUGUGUGGGCUGCUUCAGCUGGAGCAGAGAAAUGGUGCUAUUCUCUUUUUUUUUUAACAGUAGUUUUGUUGCUCUUGAUUUAUUAUUAUUUUUUAAAUUAAGGUGCUUUUUUUAAUCAAAUGGGAAAUAUAUGCAUACCAUCUAUUAUGUAUAAUGUAAAGAAAAGACAUAUUUUUUAAUUAGAGUUCUUUAACUUAUUUGAUACUGGUUAACUAAUGACACGUGGAAUGUAUUGUGGCCUGACCAAAUUCUGAUUCUGCCUGCAACUUGCACGGUUAUAUAUCUAUAUAUUAUUCCUCUAGGAGUAGAUUAAUAAGAAGCCAACUACACAGUAUCACCCAGGCUAAUCCUGAGAGGCUAAAAUGUCUUUCCAGUCUUAAAGAUACAAAAGUCUUCUGAUUCACAGGCAGUUCUUUCCAUAAAUUUAUUUCAUUAUAAGCAGAAAUUAUUAAGGAGCACGCCCCUAACUCUGUUUUCAUAACUUAUGACUUUUUAUUGUUAACAAAUGAAGUUUGGGGAAUACCAGGCUUUUUCUGAGCCUCAGAUAUUGUAUGUCAAAAAUAAAAUUGUCAUAGAAUGGAGUAUCAUUUCCCAAAGCAUUUCCUUUUCCCUGCCACCAGUUUUCCAGGGCCUUUAGAGUACUCAAAUUCCUUAAUUUUUCAAUUCUUGAACAAAAAAAUGUCAGCACGUUGGAUUUAGUUCUGAAUUGCUUUUGUGCCCAGACUCCAUCAAUUAAAAAAUAAUGGUGGCAAGGAUGGCAAAAUUCAAAGUUGCAAAGAUUCAUAUGUUUUGCAUUAUGAAAAAUAACUGAAAAAUUAGAUUUGCAUAUUGAGAAAAAUUCAGUGUCCAUUACCAGGAGCAGUAGAAGUUCAACUAUAUGACUGAGAAUUGCUUCAUUCUGUGAAUGUGGCUAAUAUUUUACUAAAUUAAUUGAAGCUAAGGUAGAUCAUCAUAUCCAUUGACAAAGAAUGCCAUAUGCCUUGGAAAAUACCGUAUUAUUUUUCAUGUCUUUUGAAAUACCGUAUAUACUCGAGUAUAAGCCGAGUUUUUCAGCACGUUUUUUGUGCUGAAAAACUUCCCCUCGGCUUAUACUCGGGUCUAUACGGCUUAUACUCGAGUUUUUUUUUUUAAAGCCCCUCGGCUUAUACUCGAGUAUAUACGGCUUAUACUCGAGUUUUUUUUUUUCUUUUUUUCACAUUUUACCGGACGGAAGCCCUGCCGGUGCAGUGAGAGGGCGGGGCGGGGGAGCCGCCAGCCUUCUCAGCUGAGGGAGGGAGGGUUUCCCCAACCGGUAGGUGCCUCAUUUCCCACCCUCGGCUUAUACUCGAGUCCCCAGUUUACCCCAGUUUUUGGGGUAAAAUUGGGGACCUCGGCUUAUACUCGGAUCGGCUUAUAUUCGAGUAUAUACGGUACUUGGAGCUCUAGGACAACUAAAGCUAUUCCGCAUAUGGUUGCACUAUAUAGUUAUAAAAAACAUUAUUGUUUUCCAUUUUUUUCCUUACAAUUGAACUUACUCUGAAUUGCCACUAUAAGUAAUCCUAGACUUACGACCACAACUGAAGUCAAAAUUUCUGUUGAGACAUUUCUUAAGUGAAUUUUGCCCCAUUUUACGACCUCUUUUGCCACAGUUGUUAAGCGAAUCACUGCAGUCAUUAACUUAAUAACAUGGUUGUUAAGUGAAUCUGGCUUCUCCAUUGACUUUGUUUGACAGAAGGUCACAAAAGGGGAUCACAUGAUUCCAGGACACUGUGACCGUCAUAAAUAUGAGGCAGUUGCCAAGCGGCUGAAUUUUGAUCACGUGACCAUGGGGAUGCCGCAAUGGUUGUAACUGUGAGAAAUAGUCAUAAGUCACUUUUUCCAGUGCCUUUGUAACUUUGAACUAUAACUAAGCAAACUGUUGAGGACUACCUGUAGUCUAUUGCUUCUUUUCCCUCUUUUCAGGGCCACUUCUUUGGUGCCCUGGGCAAAGUUCUAUUCUGGCGCUCCCUAUGGUCUGGAUCAUCUUCUGGUUGUUAGGAAUUUCAAAAAGGCCCCUUCUUGCUUCUUUCUUUCUUUCAAUUUUCGAGCCCCUUGUGAUUUUCAGCCCCAGACAAUUUUUUUCUUUCCUUAGGCAUUGUCAUCUUGUUUACACUGCAGAACUAUAUUUAAUCCUCAAGCAAACACGGUGACUCACAAUGUGAGCAGUUACCGCUUUUAAACUUUUUUAUUUUGUUUUUUUAGAAGUCUUUUCAAUUUUGGUGCCUCCUAAAAUUUGAUGCCUCUAGGACAGAGGUCACCAACCUUUCGGACCUCAGGGACCACUAAAUUCAUAAUUUUAAAUCCUCCGGACCACUAAUAUGAUCUGCCUAAUGACUGGCUAAGUGGAGGUGGCUAGGUUGUCAUGUGACUGGGUGGGCGUGGCCAACUCGAUGUCACUGAUGUGGAGGGGCACCUCACCAGCCUCUACUCGCCUCUCCCCUCCCAGCCACUCCUUGCCUCCCCAGGCUCCUUAGGGCCCCAACAGGAAGCAGUUGUUGGACCUAAGCAGCCACUACGAGAAAUAGAUGGCAAAACAGCUGGCUCAAUUCAAAUUGGAUCUGACCAAGGAGGUUCACCAGAAACACCUCACUAAGGACCACGAGCAUAGGCUUUCCAAGCAGAGGGAAGACCUGCGGGAGUGCAAGGCCAGGUACCAGCACCCGAGGCUCAGUGGGUUGAGAUGGUCAGCCAGUUCCAGGCCAUGAGGCAGUCCCACUGGAACAAGACCCUCUGGCUCUUCGCCACCAACGGCACUUCAUUCUAGCCCCCCUCCAGUUGAAAUUUCUGCCCCCCUCCAACCCACACAAAAAGACCCCAAAGGGGGAGACUCUCACAACCAUUCAUUGCAGGUAUCCGGCCCAGGGACCAUAGUUUGAGGACCCCCGACUUAGUGCAAUAUAAAAAAUGCAAAUAAUUUUUCUGCGGACCACCAAAAUUUUCUCGCAGACCACCAAUGGUCCAGAGACCACCAGUUGAUGACCACUGCUCUAGGACAAUACCUACUCAGCCUUAACCUAGAGCCACUCCCCCUUCUUCGGAAAGGCAUGAAUAUGUGGAUUUUACCUUGAGAUGGCAAAAAGUGUUUCUACGGAUUUCUACAUAGAAAGCAGUGGUGGUAUUCAGCUGGUUAUAUCCAGUUCGGGCAAACUGGUAGCGGUGGCUCCUGGACAUCAUCACAUCCCAUUUUUGACACACUUCACAUGCGCAGAAGAUCCUGCGCACAUGCUGAAAUGGGGCAUACGCUCACAUUUGCAAACCGGUAGCAAAGGUAACUGAAUACCACCCCUGAUAGAAAGCUAUUGUUUCAGAAAUAUUAUGUAGAACCUCAUCCACCAUCCUGAAUGUCAUCAGGACUGUAUCAGAACGGUAAUUCAUUUCACCUCUUGCAAAACAGGUGUUUCACCUGUGGUACCUUAAAGAUUAAACAUCAAUUAUCUACUCAUUCACAUUAUUAAAAUGCAGCAAUUCUACCCCAAAUGUGGAUGAUAAGUCCAAGUAAACUACAAUAAACUAACAUGGGUCAUGUCUAUUUUCUUCUCACCAAUAUGCUUAAGAAAGCAAAAAAUGUUGGCCAAAGAGAGCAACCUUGGUGUACGUAUAUAUGGUGCUAUAGCUAUUUAUCACUGUUGUAUUUUCAAAAUAUUGAAUGUACAUAUCACUGCAGAAUUUUUCUCUGCUCUAUGUAAGAUUCCUCUAUUAAUGAUAUUAUGGUGCAAAAAUCUGAAUGUGCUAAUCAAAUAAAAGUAUACAGUACCUCAUUCAA